AUGACCAUUAACACCUUGGAUAAAGGCGGCUGGUAUCGGGAACAGAUGACAUGCUUCCGAAGGAUGGAGAAAGUGAUAGUGGCGAUGCAGGACCCUGACAUGGGCAUGAAGAUGAGAAACCAGAGACUUCUCAUCACUGUCAUACCACACGCUAUGACAGGCCAUGAUAUCAUUGAUUGGCUGAUUCGGAAGUACAGUAUCUGCGAGGAUGAGGCACUGCAUCUUGGCGACCUGCUGGUGAAAUAUGGGUAUAUUUACCCCCUCAAGGAGCCCAGAUCACUCCUGUUGCGACCUGAUGAGUCCCCCUACCGUUUCCAGACACCAUACUUCUGGACAAGCACCAGGUGGCCUGCCUCAGAGCUGGACUAUGCAAUUUAUUUAGCGAAAAAGAACAUAAGGAAGCAGGGAGAGCUAAUGGAAUACGAAAAGGAAUGUUACAGUCAGUUACAUAAAAGGAUCAACCACACAUGGGAUUUUGUGGUGAUGCAGGCCAGAGAGCAACUCAGAGCAUCUAAACAGAGGCGGAAGGCUGACCGGAUUGUUUUAGAAUGUCAGGAGCAAGCCUACUGGCUGAUCAACAGACCCCCGCCUGGGGCACAUAAUGUGUUGGACAUGGGUCCAGAGAGACGAAAUAGCCUCAUCUCCAGAGUCACCCUGAACUAGAAUAGUGACUAUUACAAGGGAGAGAUCGAAAACUCCAGAAGAGCACUUGGGAGAAACCGUGUGAAGUCAUCUAUCUGUCUGGAAAGUUUUGUCAAGUAUAGUGAGCAGUAUCACAACCAUGACCCCAUCAUGCAAGGUUGCCUGCCCAGUAACCCCUGGAUCUCUGAUGACACCUCCUACUGGACGAUGAAUACGGACGUGGUGAACACCCCGACACGACUUCGAGUGGAGCGCUGGAGCUUCAGCUUCCUGGAGCUUCUCAUCGAUUCAAUGGGGAAAAAGGAGUUCAUGACCUACCUGGAGAAAGAGUUUAGCGCGGAGAACUUGUGUUUCUGGCAGGCCUGUGAGGAUCUAAGACAUGGAGAAAGUUCCAAGAUAAUAUCAAAAGUGGAGGAAGUUUACAAACAAUUCCUGGCCCCAGGGGCCUCCCGCUGGGUGAACAUCGACAGUAAGACAAUGGACAAAACACUAGAGGGGAUCAAACAUCCGCACCGCUUCGUCCUGGACGAUGCACAGAUGCACAUCUACUUCCUCAUGAAGAAGGACUCUUACCCGAGGUAUCUGAAGUCCGACCUGUAUAAGAACAUGUUGUCCAAAGCUGUUGUCCCCCAGGAGACCAAGAAAAGCGUGUUUCCCUUUAUGAGACGCCAGCGCCACGCCAGCCCUUCCCCUGCCCAAGCUGUCAGCCAGGCGGUGGAGGAUCACGGAAGGGAAAAAGGGGCAGAACAAGCCAGUACCAACUCAGCCACCGUCUCUCAAGUCUGAAGUGGCACCAAGCGCUGCCGCUCAGAUGCCAUGAGUACAGUCCUCCAUAGUGGUUUAUCCCCACCACUUGCCCCCUUUCGACUCACGCACCGUCUAAGAGCCUCUUUUCAGCUUCAUUUGAAGAGUUUUCAUGGCAGAAUAAUGGCCAAGGCAUUUCGACACUGUAAAUUGUGGGAGUUUAGCAUACGUAGGACUUAAUCUUAGAGCGCGGGCCACUGAUGUAGAUCUCAGCAUUAGGUUCUGUUCCAUAAUGCAUAAGACAUAACAGAUUUUCCCACUGCUGCAACGGCUUUUACUACUCAUAUCCCGUUUCAAUAGGUUAAUGCCGCUGCUGUAACACCAACAUUGCUUUGGAGAGCACAUCUCCCAUGAUACGCUAGAUAGAGCUCUGUUGAACCGAACCCCUGCUUCCUGCUGUUCUGCUCUUUCUAAACUAUACAGAGAGCACUUGAACUUUUGACUUUCUUAACAUUAAACUCGGCUCUAGCCAGCAAUACUUGCGGUCUGUGUCACACUCCAGUAGUUCCCCAGAACAACACAAACUAGGAACAACAAUCCCAUUGUUACAAUCCCCUUUGGCUGAGCUGUAUAGGUCUAUGAGUAGGUAGAGGGAGAAGCCUGAUCAUAAAGUACAGUAGGUGUUUAGUCGGACAUUUGAGUCGGCAUGUGUGUCUUCGGUUACCUUACGGUUUGUUUCUUCUAUUCAUCCCCAAUGCUGGAACUUCUUGGUGUGACGAUUGCUGCUGUUGUUGUUGUCGUUAUUCUUGCUGUUUACUUUGGUCAAGCACG